CAAACCACUCUUAAUGAUGUUCUUGCCGUCGCUCUCGCACGCGGCAAUCUAAAUUUCUCCGCGUUAUUGUUUUUCCACCCUUUUCUCUUUCUCUCUGAGUUUUUCUUAGGAUUCUGUAAUCAUAUAAACAGCUCCAUCAUUAAUAUUUCUUCAACAAUUUUAAUAAUCUUUAUGCAAAUUGUGCCGCUUCUCUUUUUGUCUAUGGUGUGAAGUUCGCUUUAUUUCGAAGAAGAAGAGGAGGGAAGAGAGACAGGUAUCAAUUUAUCAACAUAAGCAUGCCUUUGCCCUGGAAGAAGACCGGUAGAGUUUCAAGAUUUUCACGUUUGGUAGCGGGUCUUCAUCACUCGCCUAAACGCGGCGGAUCUCUGGUCGUUGAGACUGGUUUUCCCACCUCUCUGGUUGAUCUCUUCGUCAAGAACAAAGAUCGCUUGAAAAAACCGUCGAAAAAGAGGUCUCCACCGUAUUCUCCGCUUCAAACCGCCCGUCCUCCGCCGCCGCCGCUAUCUCCGGCGCCGUGUCAGGUGUCUCCGGAUGGUUUGGAGUUGAAUUCGGCGUCUGGGUUUGAAGCAACGAGGCGUAAUGUUCAGGAUUUGGCAGUGAUAAAUGAAUGCAAUGGCGGUGGAGAGGGGUAUGGGAUGUUUGAGAAGCGGGUUUUCGGGGUGUUUUUGAAGAUUUUGAUGGUGGCGGUUGUCGCUUUGAGUACUAAAAAGAUGGCCGUCGGGAUCACAAUGUCGGCGUUCUUGUUGUUCUUGGUCCAGUAUGCCGCUGGUUCUGGUGCUUUGGUUUUCUUGAAGCCGUGUUCGAAAGCAAGAGCAGUGCUCAAUUCUUUCGUGGUAAUGAUUAAAGUUCUGUAUUUUUCAAAUUCUAUCUCGAAGGAGGAGAUUGAUGAAGUUGAUGAUGAGAUUCAGAGAUGCAACGAAGACUCAUCAGAGGGCCAAUUGAUUGGUACAAGCGAUGUUUGUGAUUCUUUUGAGUUUGUUGAUGAGAUUGCUUUGAAGUCUCCGGGGAGAGAAAUUCAGGUUGCAGAUUCGAAUUGUGAUGGGGAGCAGUGCGAUGUUUUGAUAUGUAAAAAGGAUAGAAGCAGAAGUGAGAAAUUAAGAAGGAAAUUUGUUAAAAAAUUUGUUCCUAAGAAACUGCGUGAUGCAAAGAAAGAGUGGAAGAACAGAGAAAGGGAGAAGGAGAGGGAAAAGAAAAAGGAAAAGGUGUCCGAUUCCAACAGCGAGAUCGGUCUUUCUGGCAUGAAAGAUGAAAACUUGCAGAAGAUCAGUGAUCAAGAACAAGACUUUGUAGUUGGUAAUAGCCAGGUCGAAGUGGGUAAGGCUGUGGAGAUUGUUGAAAGAGAAAGAAAGGUAAAUUCAGGAUAUUUUUGGAUUCUUCUCUUUGUUGUUCUUGGUGGACUUUUAGGAGGCCGGGUUCUAGCACUUUUGUGUACACUUGGUUGGUGUUUGAUGCUAAAAUUGGUGACUCUAUGUAGAAGAAAUGGUGAUGUGUAAAGAAAGAUUGAGUGAUCUUUAAGCCUCAUAUUGUAAAUUGGAAAGAAAGUUCAGAUGUGAUGAGAUGUCCAACCUUUCUGUUGACAGAUUCAACUUGAGGUGUUGUAUUCUGAACUGUAAAUUUAAUCAUACCAAGAACAGAUUAUUUAGUUA